AUGUCGUAUAACGAUAACACCUAUCAUGACCCGAAUAGGGUCAACCAAGGACAGGGUGGCUAUUACAACGAGAAUUAUAGCCAAUCCGAAGAUGCCUUCGGUCAAACAGGUCAACAGGAAUACUAUGAUCCACAAGACCCUUACUACCAAGGUUACGCACAAGGCUACGAUCAGCAGGACGCUUACUAUCAGCAAGGCUAUGAUCAACAAUAUGUUUCCGAUCCUAAUUUGAACCAGCAAGGAUACUAUGAUCAACCUGGUUCGCGUGAUCCGGAAGCUUACUCUGAUUUUAGCUACGGUCCAGGUGGUGCUCCAGGCACCCCUUACGAUGGAUACGGAACUCAAUACACUCCGUCUCAAAUGAGCUAUGGUGGACCAAGAUCAUCGGGUGCCUCUACCCCUGUUUAUGGUGCAGGCCCUUACGACCAAUCAGGAAUAGUCGCUUUGCCCACCGAUCCAUAUCCCGCAUGGACUGCCGACAAUCAAGCUCCGGUCACUAUCGAACAGAUCGAGGACAUUUUUAUUGACCUCACCAACAAGUUUGGUUUCCAAAGAGACUCCAUGAGAAACGUUUUCGACUACUUUAUGACAAUGCUGGACUCCAGAGCUUCUAGAAUGUCACCUGCCCAAGCUUUGCUUUCUUUGCACGCUGACUACAUUGGUGGUGACACUGCCAACUACAAGAAAUGGUAUUUCGCUGCUCAGCUGGAUCUGGACGAUGAAGUUGGAUUCCGUAAUAUGGCUCUUGGUAAACUUUCUAGAAAAGCCAGAAAGGCCAAGAAGAAGUCCAAGAAGGCAAGAAAAGCUGUGGAAGAGAACGGUGAGGAUACAGAGAGAACUUUGAGUGAGUUGGAAGGUGACAACUCUUUGGAAGCCGCCGAUUACAGAUGGAAAGCAAAAAUGAACGCAAUGGCUCCUUUGGAACGCGUUAGACAGAUCGCUUUGUGGCUUUUGCUGUGGGGUGAGGCGAACCAGGUCAGGUUCACUUCAGAGUGUUUGUGCUUCAUUUACAAAUGUGCUCAAGAUUACUUGAACUCGGAAGCAUGCAGACAAAGAGCUGAUCCUGUUCCAGAAGGUGACUACCUCAACAGAGUCAUUACCCCACUUUACCGCUUCAUCAGAGCUCAAGUUUAUGAGGUUGUUGAUGGCCGCUAUGUCAAGCGUGAAAAGGACCACAACAGCAUCAUUGGCUAUGAUGAUGUCAACCAGCUUUUCUGGUACCCAGAAGGUAUUUCCAGAAUUGUUCUGGAGGACGGCACCAGAUUGGUCGACUUCCCAGCCGAGGAGAGAUACUUUAAAUUGGGUGAAAUCGAAUGGAGCCACGUUUUCUUCAAAACUUAUAAGGAAGUCAGAACCUGGUUGCACAUUAUCACCAACUUCAACCGUAUCUGGGUUUUACACAUUUCUGUUUUCUGGAUGUAUGUGGCUUACAACGCUCCAACUUUCUACACGCACAACUACGUCCAAGUGCUCAACAAUCAACCGCUUGCUUCUUCUAGAUGGGCUUCUGCUGCUCUGGGUGGUACUGUUGCAGUUGGUAUCAACAUCUUGGCCACGAUAUUCGAGUGGAUGUUUGUCCCUAGAGCCUGGGCGGGUGCUCAGCAUUUGUCUAGAAGACUCGGUUUCUUGAUUUUGAUCCUGGCAAUUAACCUUGCUCCUGUUGUUUUCGUGUUUGCAUGGGCAGGUUUGCAGACCAAGUCGAGAGCCGCAGAAGUUGUUUCCAUUGUUGCUUUCUUCAUUGCUAUUGCCACGAUUGUGUUUUUGUCUGUCAUGCCUCUAGGAGGUUUGUUCACAUCAUACAUGAAGAAAUCCACAAGAAAGUACGUGGCAUCACAAACUUUCACCGCCUCUUUCUCUCGUUUGGAGGGAUUGGACAUGUACCUCUCUUGGUUCCUGUGGUUUUUGGUUUUCCUCGCCAAAUACACCGAAUCUUAUUUCUUCCUGAUUUUGUCUUUGAGAGAUCCAAUCAGAAACUUGUCCACUAUGACUAUGAGGUGUCAUGGAGAAAAAUGGUACGGCAAUGUGGUUUGCAAACAACAGGCUAGAAUCACUUUGGGCCUGAUGAUGGCUACCGAUUUGGUGUUGUUCUUCUUGGAUACUUACAUGUGGUACAUUCUGGUCAACUGUUUGUUUUCUGUCGGAAGAUCUUUUUACCUGGGUAUUUCCAUUUUGACACCUUGGAGAAACAUCUUUACCAGACUGCCGAAGAGAAUCUACUCUAAGGUUUUGGCUACCACUGACAUGGAAAUUAAGUACAAGCCAAAGGUUCUAAUUUCCCAAGUCUGGAAUGCCAUUGUUAUCUCGAUGUACAGAGAGCAUUUGCUGGCGAUUGAUCACGUUCAAAAACUGCUUUACCACCAGGUUCCAUCUGAAAUCGAGGGCAAGCGCACAUUGAGAGCACCAACAUUCUUUGUUUCUCAAGAUGAUAACAACUUCGAGACGGAGUUCUUCCCAAGAAACUCUGAAGCAGAAAGACGUAUCUCUUUCUUUGCUCAAUCUUUGGCCACACCUAUUCCUGAACCAUUGCCUGUGGAUAACAUGCCUACCUUUACUGUUUUCACCCCUCACUACUCCGAAAAGAUCUUGCUCUCUUUGAGAGAAAUCAUUAGAGAGGAUGAUCAGUUUUCCAGAGUCACCUUGCUUGAAUACCUGAAACAGCUUCAUCCAAUCGAGUGGGAUUGUUUCGUUAAGGACACCAAGAUCUUGGCUGAGGAAACAGCUGCAUUUGAGAACGGUGAGGAGAAGGAUGAGGACAACAUGAAGAACGAAAUUGAUGACUUGCCAUUCUACUGCAUUGGUUUCAAGUCUGCUGCUCCAGAGUACACUCUGAGAACCAGAAUUUGGGCUUCUUUGAGAUCACAAACCUUGUACAGAACUGUUUCCGGUUUCAUGAACUACUCCAGGGCUAUCAAGCUUCUCUACCGUGUUGAAAACCCUGAGAUUGUUCAAAUGUUUGGUGGUAAUGCUGAAGGAUUGGAGAGAGAGCUUGAAAGAAUGGCUAGAAGAAAGUUCAAGUUUGUUGUUUCUAUGCAACGUUUGACGAAAUUCAAGCCGGAAGAGCUUGAAAAUGCCGAGUUCUUGCUUCGUGCUUACCCAGAUUUGCAAAUCGCAUACUUGGAUGAAGAACCACCUCUCAAUGAGGGAGAUGAACCAAGAAUCUUCUCUGCUUUGAUUGACGGACACUGUGAAAUUAUGGAGAAUGGUAGAAGAAGACCUAAGUUCAGAGUUCAGCUUUCCGGAAACCCAAUUUUGGGAGACGGUAAGUCUGAUAACCAAAACCAUGCUAUCAUUUUCACUAGAGGUGAAUACUUGCAAUUGAUUGAUGCCAACCAGGACAACUAUUUGGAGGAGUGUCUGAAAAUCAGAUCCGUUCUCGCUGAGUUCGAGGAGUUGAAUGUCGAACAGGUCAACCCUUACGCUCCUGGCUUGAAAUCUGAAAUCAGCAAGAUCCAUCACCCUGUUGCAAUUGUCGGUGCCAGAGAGUACAUUUUCUCUGAAAACUCUGGUAUUCUUGGUGACGUGGCUGCUGGUAAGGAGCAAACCUUUGGUACCCUGUUCGCAAGAACGCUAGCUCAAAUCGGUGCCAAAUUGCACUAUGGUCACCCUGACUUUUUGAAUGCUGUCUACAUGACUACUAGGGGUGGUGUUUCCAAAGCUCAGAAAGGUCUGCACUUGAACGAAGAUAUCUACGCAGGUAUGGUCGCCAUGUGCAGAGGUGGUAGAAUUAAGCACUGUGAAUACUACCAGUGUGGUAAGGGAAGAGAUCUUGGUUUUGGUUCUAUCUUGAACUUCACAACCAAAAUUGGUGCUGGAAUGGGUGAACAAAUGCUCUCCAGAGAAUACUACUACUUGGGUACCCAGCUUCCUUUGGACAGAUUCCUUUCUUUCUAUUAUGCUCACUUGGGUUUCCACAUCAACAACUUAUUUAUUCAAUUGUCUCUUCAGUUGUUCAUGUUGACUUUAGUCAACCUGACCUCUCUCUCUCAUGAAUCUAUUCUAUGUCUCUACGACAGAAACAAGCCAAUUACUGACAUUCAAUAUCCGUUGGGAUGUUACCAACUGAUGCCGUCCAUUGACUGGAUUAGACGUUACACAUUGUCGAUUUUCAUUGUUUUCUUCAUUGCCUUUGUUCCAUUGCUUGUUCAAGAAUUGAUCGAGAGAGGUGUGUGGAAGUGUGCCUACAGAUUUGGUAGACACUUCCUGUCUCUUUCUCCAUUGUUCGAGGUGUUCGUCGCUCAAAUCUACUCUUCUUCUCUGUUGAACGAUAUUUGCGUUGGUGGUGCUAGAUACAUCUCCACUGGAAGAGGUUUUGCGACUGCUAGAAUUCCAUUCUCUGUGUUGUACGCCAGAUUUGCCGACUCCACCAUUUACGUUGGUGCUAGAUGUAUGAUUAUGUUGCUGUUCGGAACAGUUGCACACUGGCAAGCUGCUCUUCUUUGGUUCUGGAUUUCCAUUGUUGCCUUAAUGUUUUCUCCAUUCGUGUUCAACCCACAUCAAUUCUCCUGGGAGGACUACUUUAUUGACUACAGAGACUUCAUCAGAUGGUUGUCCAGAGGUAAUACCAAAUGGCACAGAAACUCUUGGAUUGGAUACAUUAGAUUGACUAGAUCUAGAGUGACCGGUUUCAAGAGAAAGGUCAUCGGUGAUGACUCCGAGAAGGCUGCUGGUGAUGCUGCAAGAGCUCACAGAUCCAACGUCUUUUUCUCUGAUACUUUGCCAUGUCUGAUCUACACUGCGGGUUGUUUCGUUGCUUACACUUUCAUGAACGCUCAAACCGGUGUGGUUGAUGCCGAGCCAGUUAACUCUGUGUUGAGAUUGGUCAUUUGCUCGUUGGCCCCAAUUGUCAUUGACAUUGGUGUCUUGUUUGGUUGUUUGGGUUUGUCUUGCUGUGCAGGUCCAAUGCUUGGAUUGUGCUGCAAGAAGACAGGUGCUGUCAUGGCUGCCGUUUCUCACGGAAUUGCAGUUGUGGUCAAUCUUGUCUUCUUCAUUGUCAUGUGGGUUUUGGAAGGAUUCCACUUUGGCAGAAUGCUGAUCGGAUUGAUCACCAUGAUCUAUGUCCAAAGAUUGAUCUUCAAAUUUAUGACUUUGUUGUUCUUGACUAGAGAGUUCAAGAGCGACCACGCCAACGUCGCCUUCUGGACUGGAAAGUGGUACGGUUCUGGACUCGGAUGGUCAGCAUGGACUCAGCCAUCUAGAGAGUUCUGCGCUAAGAUCAUUGAGAUGUCUCACUUUGCUGGUGAUUUUGUUUUGGGACAUGUGAUUUUGUUCUUACAAUUCCCAAUUCUCUGCAUUCCUCUGAUCGAUAGAUGGCACUCUUUGAUGCUCUUCUGGUUGAAGCCAAGCAGACAGAUCAGACCGCCAAUCUACUCUCUCAAACAAGCUAGAUUGAGAAAGAGAAUGGUGAGAAAAUACUCUGUCUUGUACUUUGGUAUUUUCAUCAUCUUCAUUGUUUUGAUUGCUGCACCAGCCGCAGUUGGAUCUUUGAAGACUGUCGAUAUCGAGAAACAAAUUGGAACCUUGCCGGAGUUUGCUGAUGGCCUGUUCCAACCAAGACACCAGGACAACAACGACACCGGAUUCGGCACCAGUGGAUUAACUCACCACUGGACAACCACCACCUCUUUGGCCACCUGGUCUACCAAAGCAUGA